CUAACCUCCAAAAAAUAACACCCAUAAUUCUUAAACUUCCUGUUAAAAGAUUAAGAUCAACCGACAUAAAAAAGAAUCGGCAGAUUCCACCGUAUAAGACAAAAAAUGAUGGAUAUGGAUUAUCCAAACCCUUAUGAGCAGUCAGAUUAUGGCAACUACCAGGACCCAUAUUCAAGGGGUGGUGGAAGCUCAGUUGGUGACUAUGACUACAGCAACCAGUCUGACUUCACUGAGGGCGCCUAUGGCAAUGAAUACACUGAGCAGGAUCAAUAUGGUUCUGAGGACAGUUAUGGGUCAUAUGAAAGCCAUGGAGACAGAAAUGGCACACAGGAAGAGAGAGACAGACUUCAGAGGAGGAAUCGCUCCAGCCGUCGGAGAGAUUUGAGACACGGUAGUGGUGGUUAUGAAAGAGAGAGGUCUCGUGACAGAGUGAGCAGAGACAGAGAUCAUGAAAGACACGAUAGAGACAGAGAGUACCGUGAAAUGAGGGAUGAUCGUGCAGGGGAGAAGUGGCUCACUGACAGUCCGACCAACACCAUCAUGCUGAGAGGCCUCCCUGAACUUAUUGAUGUGCAGGAUAUCAAGGCAGAACUGCAGAUGUUUGGUGCACCCAUCAGAGAUGUAAGACUGAUGAGGAAAAGUUCAGGUGCAUCCAGAGGCUUUGCAUUCGUCGAGUUUCAUAAUAGAGACGAUGCCCUACGCUGGAUGGAUAGCAAUCAGGGUAAACUGGUGCUGCAGAACCAGUACACCUGUAUGAUGAACUACAGCACGCCAAAGGACACCAAAGAUAAACAGCAGAACUUCAGAAUGGACUGGACUUGUGUUAAGUGCGGUGUUCAUAAUUUCAAGAGGCGAGAUUACUGUUUCAAGUGUCAUAUGUCCAGAUAUGAAUCAGAUAAACAGCAGUUGGAUGGGUAUGAUCAUGUUGGAACAAACCCUUGUAACACCCUGCUGUUUCGAGGCCUGGAUGCCCUGACCAGUGAGGAGAGCCUGCUUACAGCACUCAACCCACACAUCCAGAUCACAUGCAAAAAUAUACAGGUUGUGAGGGACCCUAGCACACAGAUCUCAAAGGGCUUUGCCUUUAUAGAACUUCUGUCAGUGGCAGAGUCUGUGAUGGUUCUGGAGACAUUGAAGAACAUGAUUCCACAGCUGGAAGUGGACGGCAAACAAGUGCUUGUGACUUUUGCUAAGAACACCUUCACAACAUCGAUUGCCACAAUAGCAGCUUUACAACAGAGCUGGGAGCAGGAGGCUGGGGAGUACUACCAGGGAUAUGACUACUCGGGCUACGAUCAGUCGGGCUAUGACUACUCCACUUACUAUGCAGGGGAGGAUGCCACAGCAGCUAGCGUCCCGCCUGCAGUCUCUGGGGCUAAACCUGACACUACCAAUACAGCAGCAGCAGUUGCACAGGCAGCCAUACAGCAGGCACAGGCUGCAAAACACUAUCAGAAACAGGUACAACAGCAACAGAAGAUAGCUGAGAUGUCCUCAGAGGAGAGGCUGGCCCAUCAAGCUCAGGCCUGGAAGCAGAAGACUGGGGACCAGUACCCGCUUCCAGGGUCAGAGGGCAGUGAAGGCGUGAAAUAUCCCACCCCUGAUGUAUCCCUGUACCAGUUUGACGAGUCGUCUGGUUACUACUAUGACCCUGUCACAGGGCUCUACUAUGAUGCAAACUCACAGUAUUACUACAACAGUAUUAGCCAGCAGUUCAUGUACUGGGAUGCUGAGCAAGCCACCUACCUGCCAGCCCCCACAGACGGACAGGACACAGGCGAUGGCAAGCCUGGCGAGGGUGGCAAGAAGGAGGGAAAAAAAGAGAAGGAGAAGGUCAAGGUCGCCAAGAAAAUAGCAAAGGACAUGGAGAAGUGGGCCAAGUCCAUGAACGCCCAGAAGGAGGCAUUGAAGGACGGCUCCAGGAAGAUCAACAUGCAGAAUCUCAUGGGCAGAAAGGAGUCUGCGGCAGCUGACGCAGGCUUUGCCAUCCUGGAAAAAGCUAAACAAAGUUUCCCUGAGGACAAGAAACUCAUGCCUCCUCCUCCCCCAAUUGGAGGCAGUGAGUCGAUGAAGGCAGGUGAGAAGUCCCGUCUGGGCCUGGUGGCCUCGUAUGGAGGGGACUCAGACGACGAGGAAGAGGAGGACGGGGGGUCAGGGGCCCUGGAUGAGACCAAACUGCUGGACACCAACAAGAUGGCCUGUCUGCUGUGUAAGAGACAGUUCCACAGCACCGACCUGCUCAUGAGGCACUCACAGAUGUCAGACCUGCAUAAGCAAAAUCUUGAGAAGCUCCGUCAAAGUCGUGGCCAGUCGUCCCCAGGAGGCACCUCGGGUAUGCAGUAUAGGGACAGGGCAAAGGAGAGACGAGAGAAGAUAGGAUCCCAGGCCCCACCCGCUAAGAAACGACCACCACCACCCGCUGAACCGGUGGAGCAGCCCACGAGGGCAGGUAUUACAGAGGACAAUAUUGGCAACAAGCUGCUACAGAAGAUGGGCUGGUCUGCAGGCCAGGGACUGGGCAAGGGGGGACAGGGCAUUGUCAGCCCUAUAGAGGCUGAAAGAAGGAGUCAGAGUGCUGGACUAGGGAUGCGAGGGGCCAAGGUGCAGAUUGAGGACACUGAUAACUACAAGUCUGCACUGAAGAAAACACUUUUUGCAAGAUACAGCGAACUGGAAUGAACACACAUCUAUCACUGUAGGAUUUGUUACUUUCUGGUCUUGAUACAUUGACAUGUUAGAAUUGCUGUUACGAAGGACCGUGAUGUGAUGGUUCAACAAACCUUGUGCCGAAGAUAUCACCUACUGUAUUCAAGAACAGCAGAUGUCAUCAAUACCAAGAACAAUGGCUAUAGUGUAUAGGGAGCAUGAAAUACUUUUCUGCUCUGUCAAAGGUAAAAUAGGUGUCAAGACCUAACCCUGUAUGAUUCGUGAUGGACCAAUAGCAAGAGCUGAUCUGGUCUGUGAGGGACAAUAGGAGUUUGUUGAAGGAUUAAAGGAAAUUAUUAGUUUUGUCUUGUUGAAAAGGAACUUCAAUGAGUUAAUUUUGAGUUAUCUUAAUAGGCUUGUAAUGUUGUUAACACCAGCACUAUGUUUAAUUUUCUAAUAAUGAUUUGUAAGGCACCCUUUUUAGUUUUGACUGAUAACUUGACAUUUUAGACACCUCUUUUAAAGUUGAGGACAAAACAAAAAAGUAUCACAGCUGUCCAUCUAGUAUGAAGUCUAAUGCCCUCAGAGUUUGUGGAGUGUUACACUGACAUUGCAUGUGUUUUUAUGCUGAAUGUUCUUGUAAAUGUGUUAUGUUACAGUAUAACUGUAUGUAUAUAGAAUUGUGUUUAUUAUAAUUUGUAAUUGAUUUUAUGAGUGGGAACAGAUUGUUUGAGACUUAGAAUCAUGGUUUAUUUAAAAAACAUGUCUUUUCUGAAAACAGAGUUAGAUGUACUUUUUAUAUAUGUUGAUAUAAAAUGGCACUUUUUGAUCUGUUAGUUAUUUGAAUAACUGAAAUAAAUAUGCAACAACG